AUGUCUAGAAAUCCGGUUCCUGCUGUCCUCCUACAGCCAUCCAAGUGGUUGCCACUGUAUGAGGACUUCGUGACCAAGAACGCCAGCUCAAUAGGACAGGUUGAGUCGGCGCUUAGGUCGCUGACGUAUAUUAUUCCAGGACGCUAUCGCGAUUCAGAAAUACCUUCAGAAUGUGUCCACUCAGGUGUUCAGUUGCUAUCGCUGUAUCAUGACUCUUUAAUAUCGAGAGUCAUAUCCAACCUACCGCCAAACAUCAGUCGACCGACGCCUACUCCGCAUGCCCGAUACACCAAGUACUGGUCAUCACAGUCACCUCUAUAUCAAAAAGUAGCACUCACUCUCCAGACUAUCCAAUACACGGAACUACUAUGGGAGAUGGUCGCGCGACGCCGCGGCGAGAAGGUCCGUUGGCGCGUUGUCGUUUUCAUCGAGGUCGUGAAGGCGAUUUGUCGCCUAUUCCUACUGCGCCUCACGAACUCGCGCCCGCUAGUCAGCCCACCGCUACCUGAACGCGAAAUAGACCCUAGGUCAUCAGAACCAGACGAGGGGGAUUGGAAUGGGAUGGAGUCUCCGGUCAGCGAACGGCCCUCUGACCUUACCUGGACCAUGCCUCGCACUGGACUUUCGCUUCCAUCUUUGCCCGACGCCAACGAUGUUUCAAAUUACCUCAUCUCUAAAGUCUUGACAUCGGACGAUAUCAAGCCUCCGAAAGCUCUUCUGCACAGGGUAACUGGUCAGGGUCAGUUGGCAGAAGUUAUGCAUAUUCUCCGGCCGGUUGUUUAUGCUCUGGCGCUCCAGAAAUGGAGUCAGGAUAAACGGAGCUGGAGAGCUUGGCUGAUUGGCUUUGGAAUGGAAUACGGUUGCCGGCAGUUGGCCAAGGCCGACUUCCGGGAGAGGGUCGCUGGCGGCCUCCGCGGACUGACCGGCCUCGAGAGAGAGGAGCUGAAGAAGAGGGGUUGGUCGAUGGGUUGGUGGUUGAUGCGGGGGGCAUUUUAUGAGAACAUCAUGAAGUCUACACUGAAAGGAUUCACCAACAAGAUGAAAGGAAAGCCACUUCUUGACCUCGUGGGCAGCAUCAUUGAGGAUUACGAAUAUCUAUGGGACAACUACUACUUUUCAUCAGCUACACUUUGA